UUACGGAGGCUCUUUACCGGAACGGAUUGCUAAAUUACGUUUACAGUCUGUGGUCUCUCUUCUCAGAUUUAUUCUGUGGUUUAUCAUCGGAAGCGUUGGAGUGGAGAUUUCACGUGGAAUUAGUGAACAAUUCGGUUGUGAGAGUUUUAUAUACAGGAAAAAUAAUUAUAACAUACAGAAAAUGUGGCGUGCGUUACUGCCGACUCUUUUACCAUUAUUGGUAACUGCAAAACUGGAUUGUUCCAGAACAGAAUACAAUAGAUGCGUAAGGAUUGCAGAUCCUUUGGUGAAGGAAGUACAUCUAGUUUUUCCCGAUAAUCUUAAUGACAUCGAUCAAGUUUGUAAUACUUGGAAUCGAUUUGUGGAUUGUUUGAAAACGUAUACGGAUGAGUGCUUCACCGAACAACAAAGAAAACAAUUUAACAGAGCAGUGGAAAGUCCCAUUGAGAGCGUACAUGAAAUGUGUACCCAACCCAGUUAUCAAAAAGAAUAUCUUCGAUAUGCUCCAUGUAUCAAGGGAACUAUUGUACAAAGAUUACAUUGCGGACCUCAAUAUAACCUGUUGGUGGAUCAAGUGGAACAAGGCGAUAUCAUUUCGAAAUCUACAUUAUGUUGUUCACACGACAGAUUUAAGCAGUGCGUUUACCGAGAAACUAGAAGACUCUGUGAUAGGGGUAUGGCUGAUGGUCCAGCUACUCGGUUUGCCACUCAGAUAAUAGAUAAAGCUCUACGAUUUCUACAAGAGCAAUGUGUCAACUAUAUUCCUAAUUCUGGAGACUGCACAAUCCACCUUACAGACCCUUACGCAGAUCGAACUGAUUCUAUGGUGAUAUCAACUUCAUCUAGUGAGGCUCAACCUUGGAGCACGUUUCAAGAUUUAAGACCAAAGGAAGAUUUUCCAAGUAGUAUCGGCCCAACGAAAGUUCCAUUUAGUCCUUCUAGAGCACCAUUUUCAUCACCAAAAUUUCCUUCUACUUUUCCUUGGAGCUUCUCAAGCUCCCCUACCAGUCCAAGUUAUUCAACAUAUAGUACUAACGAUUUCUUAGGGUCUAGAACUCGUCCAGGAAUAUAUGGAAGAGCUAGUUGGAGUGAAGGAAGUUCAGCGUUACCAGCUAAUACCGUCCAAAUGUUUCCCGAUGUUUCUUCAACGAAAUCAACUAGGCCGGAUUGGGGUAGCUCUUUAGCAUGGAGUACCAGACAAGGAAGUACCAGUCCAAGUACAAUUUCAACUACGAGGAGAAAUUUUUCUCCAUCUUGGAGCACACAGGAAGUGACUUCGGAAACGUGGUAUCCCGCAGCUGGUAAUCAAAUAAGUAAUGAAGUAGAUGAACCAAAUCAACUCGGGUUGCAAAAACCUAAAAAUUCUGUUAAUAAAUUAUAUCCGUUAGCUUUAGUUUUACUCAUUUUCAUAAGUAGUUCAAUACAUUUAGUUUAGUUAAUUAAUAAGCAGUUGACGUAAUAAAUAUGUCUCAA